GAGGAGGAGGAGGAGAAGGGAGGGGAAGUAACGACGUAGUAGCGACCCAGUCACUCAGUGUAUCAACCAAGUUUCCAGCGCCUCAGCCAUCACCGUUAAAACUUUUCUGUAUAGAGAUGAACUCACUCGGCGGCCCCGGACCGGGCUUAUGCGGGACUAGGAGGCCGUGAUAGCGGGUUCGGAGGCGGGUGGGGGCUCCGGUCCGGCUUAAUAUGGGUCAGACCGCCGUGUCUGCCGUGUCUCAGACCGCGAACGUUGAUGGCCUGGAGAAAUCAUCUGUGGCCAGUUGUGACGUGGUGGUGGACAAUGGCAGCAAUACCCAUAAUGCCCAUGCAUCAGGACAGCAGCGAAAUAAGCUGUCAUCACUGGGAAAACUGUUCAAACCCUGGAAGUGGAGGAAGAAGAAGACCAGCGACAAGUUCCAGGAUCUCUCCAAAGUUCUAGAGAGAAAAAUUUCAACCAGACAAACAAGGGAGGAGCUCAUCAGGAAAAGGGUUCUCAUCCCAGAGCAAGAUGAACUGAUCAGCAGUGAAAAUCUGAACGGUCAUGCAAGAUCCAGUUUAACACCAGGAGAGGUCAAAGUGGACAUUGAGGCUACAGAAACAGUGGAGGAAGAAGCCUCUGGGAUAGUCAGCACUGAGGACAAGACAACAGAGCGCUGUGAUACUAAACCCCAUGCCCGGGCAAACCAGGUGCGACCUCGGGAAAUUCAAGCUAAAAAGCAGCAUAGUGCCACUCUGCCCACUUCCACCAAAUCUGCUGGUGGCUCCACUGCCCCUGCAAGGCACAAAGAUGCUGCCUCUGGAGCUAAAAAGACAGCUAAAACCACAGUCAAGACUGGUCCCUCCACACAGGGUAAAGCUAACCAACGACACACUAACACCACUAGUCGAGGGAUCGCCAAAUCCUCUCAUCCAAAGAAGACAGGAUGCACAACAAAAACCACCCCAAAUUCCACUUCCACACCUCGUUCUCGAGUACCUAAGGAUGCCGGCACUCCUGCACAGUCUGAUGGGGCUGAUGCAAAGACCAACCGGAAAUCAGACACUCCAGCUUCUUCCACUGUACCUCAGAAAGCCUCUACAGAGACUCUCGAUCAGCCUGGGGAGUUAAAAUCCUCACCCCUUUCCUCAGAUACCAAGCCACUCCUAUCUAAAGGCAAUAAGACAGAGGAAAUCCAGGCUGCUUUGCAACCUGAUCAAGAGCCUAAAUCUGCUCUCAAAGGCACGGCUACAGGUGAGGAGACUCAAAAAUCAUUGGCUCCUGAAACCCCAGUUCAGUCUUCCCAUAUCAACAUGGCCACAGAGGAUACAUCCUUCACAAAGGGAGAGACUGACAGCUGCUCACAGGGGGAGAAACAUGCAAGGAUGGACGGGGAGGGAGGAGAAGAUGGAAGGAAGAACGGAGGAACGGAGUGUGGAGAAAACAGCCCGAGGUCAGCAGAGGGUGAAGCAGAAAAGCCGCAGGGCAUCCGCGUGAAAACAGAGGUGACAGUGAUCCCUGACAGGCCGAGAGACAGCCAGACAAGUGACUCCGAUUCUGACGGGCCAAUCCUGUACCGAGAUGAGGAUGAAGAGGAAGAGGAGGAGGAUGAAUACACAAACAGCUCUCUUGCCAGCAAGAUCCGCCGGCGAGACACGUUGAACAUUAAGCUGGGCAACAGGCCCAGCAAGAAAGAGCUGGAGGAGAAAAAUAUCCUGCCACGAAGUUCGGAGACGGAGAGACAUGAGCUCCGCCAGCAGAUAGGCAGCAAACUAGUCAGGCGCCUGAGCCAAAGACCCACCACAGAGGAGCUGGAGCAGAGAAACAUCCUCAAGCAAAAGAAUGAAGCUGAAGAGCAAGAAGCCAAACAAGAGAUUAAAAGGAGACUCUCCAGAAAGUUGAGUGUUAGGCCUACAGUAGCAGAGCUUGUUGCUCGAAGGAUCUUGCGUUUUAAUGAGUAUGUGGAGGUAACAGAUGCCAAGGAUUAUGACCGACGGGCAGACAAACCCUGGACACGACUUACUCCCGCUGACAAGGCUGCGAUCCGUAAGGAGCUGAAUGAGUUUAAGAGCCGAGAGAUGGAGGUUCAUAAGGACAGCCAACAGUUCACCAGGUUCCAUCGGCCAUAAGAGCUCAGCCACAACAAACUACGGUCCAAAGCUCCCGGCAGUCUCCCUACCCUUCAGACCCUCACUCACUUGGCUCUGGAAUCCAGUCGACCUUUUUUUCCCACAACAGCCACUUUGGCCUGCAAGUGUUAAUGAUAACAUUAAAAAUGGCUGCAUUUGAUCUAAUUGGGCUACUUCCGUGGCCCUGGUAUAGUGCAUGCUGGCUCUCUGUAAGAGGUUAACGGGACAGUUGGUAAAAUUAAGCCAUUAUCUCUGAAUUUUACUUCAGCUGAACAUUUUCUGCUAUGCCACUUCAAAAUGUUCUUGGUGAGAAAGUUGCCCCAGAUAUCUAUUUAUGUCUACAAUGACAGCUACAGGGGUGUCUUAAGACCUUGGCCAUUGAAAGGCACCAAUGUAACAUUUGCACAUAUCUAUAGUGAGAACAGUUGUGUGUACAGCUUACUGGUUAGAGCCUUUUAUUUAUUGUAGACUAUCAGAACCAUUUGAUUUUUUUAAGCUUGUCUUUUGGUUAAUUUCCGGUAUUGCGAUGAAAUGUCACACUGAGGAGAAAUAAACAAAUUAACUUUGUAGGAGUGAGUGGCUCAAGUCAACUAUAUUGUUUAUGUCCUUGCCAAGUAUGCCUUGUUACAACCUGAAUAGUGGCCAUAUAUGGGCAUCCUCCUAAAACAGGAAGUGAGGGAGGAUUGGAUGGUUCCAUGAUGUCAGUGCCUGUCAUAGAUCAGUGGGAAGAGGAAGCAGUGUGCCUCACAGAGUUGAGUCAGUGACACUGCAGUUCAUUUUUUAGACAUGCUUAAAUUGAUUUGCCACUAGAGGGCAUUAUACCAUAACAGUUACAGAAGUGGCUGAGGUUGCGUUUCGUAACCUGCUCAAGCACAUCAUCUGGUGAUACAUGAUGAUCAUGUACCAUCAUUUAUCCUGUGUUGAGUUAUAGCCUACACUCUUUACAAAGUGCAGAGCUUGUUGUUUAGAUUUUUUACUGCUGUUUUUCUCAUUUAAAUCAUUUGGUUAUGGCUUCUCACACAGAGGACUUGGUGCCAAUGAAACAAACAGGAAUUUAAUUGUUUAUCUUAACUGAUUUUAGUUUUUAUAUGAAAGUUUUAUGAGUACAGAGAAGGCACAGAAAGUUUCGCUACUGAAGCAAUCAGCUGGAUAAGGAGGAGUACUUCAUCUCCUUGAAUGUGUUUUUGUAAAGUUUAAUUUAAUGAGGUCAGUUAAGAUUUAAAGAGCAGUGGAAACUCAACAGUUGUUUACCAAAGUGCUGCAAUCUGCAGCCUGUGAUAUUUACACAUAAACUAACACGCCUAUAGUGAAUUUUACAAUAUUUCCUCAGUUUUUUUUUUAUCAUCCAGAUCUGUAUUUGUUUAACUAACUGGAAAACAAAAAUAGGAAAUGAAUCUGCAUCUUUUGAUUAAACUUAUCAAUCCAUUUUUUUUUUGUUUAUUCUUGGAAGAAUAUUUGGACCUUCAGAAAUCUAAUCUGAAUUCUAUUUGUAGGCAGUGAACUAAUAAGAUUGACACAAGAUUCCAUUUGAAUGCAAAAACCCUGAGAUUUAUUGUGUGUAGAUUCAUGGUUUGAGAAUAUGGUGACUAAAGUGGUUCCCCCAUUAUUCAUCUUUGAAUUUGUAAAUAUUUUUGUCCUUCAGGUGUUCUGUUGAGAUAAAAUCAACAUAUUGAGGAUGCAUGCUUUUGCAGUAUGUAAGAAUUAAACAUGUUUUCCUGUUUGAAGGCAGGGAUAUUUGGCUGGUUUUUAUCCCCAGGCCCACUUGACUUAAGACGAGAUGUCUGCUGAUAAGUGAUUGACAGUUUGAGCUCUCCGACCUCCAAAGUUUGUGCUUUAUUUUAUAGAGCCCUGACCUCUGCAACACUCGUCAUUCUUACAAACAGUUACUGAAAAGGACAGUUUAUUUCUGCCUCUAAGUGUGUGUGGGUGUUGUAAAACAAAUUUAUGUACAGAUAUGAAAAAAAAACCAACAGUAUUCAUUCAUGUCUACAUUGUUAUAUAUUGGUUAUUUUGUACAAAGUGUAUAUCAAGCAUGUGCAUACAAUGAAGUCAAAGCUCUAAUUUUAAUUGUCCUCUUUUCACUUAUCUUCAAAUACAGAUAAAUUAGCUCUGAUAUAAAUUAGACAGUCUUUGCUUACUGCACCCGUCCCUCCAUUAUGACCAAGCCAGAUGUCUUACAUGUUAACAACUGCUCUCCAUGUCUUUUUUAAUAUGUCCGAAAGCGUUCUCCAAUCCUCUGUUGACCUCACGGUUCGAUUUGUUUCUUCAGACAUCGACAGAUCACCGUGGACUUGUGAAACUUUGUAAUAAUAAAUAUAAAGUACGUCCAAUGCAGGUUGACAUCCUGCACACCAUCAGCAAGUACUUAAUUAAUACCAGAAUAACUGGGCUGGUCCUGAAGUAUUAGUCUCGCCAUGUCUGAGUAUACAUGAAUAUAUUCUUUGCAUCACUUCAACAAAGUACGUUGAUUCAGAUAAAGCACAUCUGACAAUAUUUUAUCCCAUUGAGCAGGAUAGAGGCACGAUAUUGUCUGCUAAGUAGUAUUAGCUAAGUGAAUAAAAGGAUAAAUCAAAUUUAAAAGAGCAGUCUGUACUCCUGUAUGAAGCAUCCUCGACAGCUGUGCUUAUAAAUGCUCGGCAACAGUUUCAAACCUAAUGUGAAUUAAAGCUGUGUGAUAUAUAACAAUACACUCAGGUCAUUCAUCAUUAUUCGUAUGGAUGCAUAGUUGUAAUUGUUGGCUAAGUUAAUUAACCUGUUAAUUUGUCCUUAUAUUUGCUUGCAAACAUAUGUUGUCUUAUUCCUCUAAUGCUAAAAAGAGGGAUUGAAAUUAAAGGGGUGGUUAUGUAAUCAGACCUUUUAGUCAUAUUGCAGUUAUAUCUUCAUCUAUAUGGAAUAUGUCAUUUAAACAUAAUAGUCAGGCCCAAAGUGGCUAUUUCCCUACAUUAUUUCUGAACUGGAAAAUAUCAUAUUUUAGGAUUGAUUUAAAAAACAGUACUUUUUGAGCUGCGUGUAAAACAUAAAUGACCAGCUUUCAAUGAACUCAACAUCCAGCAAAUCAGAAAACAUUUACAUUUGAGAUUGUCUGCCAUCUAAGUGGUGCUUGAGGCUUACUUUAUGCUUUCCAGGGGGAAAAUCCAUAGUUUCAAACCAGAGCCAUGAUCAAACUAACACAGCUUUCAUUUUGAACAUGUAAACUUGUCAUGAACAUGUUGAUCACAGUCAUUUUCUGUUGAUUGAUGUGCUAUAAACCCUUCAGCUUUAAAUGUAGUGGCAGAGAAAUGUAAUGGUUUAAGCUCAUAGCAUCAAAGACCCAGAACUGGAUAUUUCCCAUGGGCCCUAAACACCUCUACAUGCUUCGAUAUAAUUCAUCUUUGAAGGUGUAUGAUAAUGUUAGACAAUAUAUCAAACAACUACUGUUACAUCUUAACUAUGUAUAGUGUUUGUUUUGUUUUUUUGUAUAUAAAGAUAUAUGAUGUCA